UUUCUUAUCUAAACACAUUGGAGGAAAGGUGGAGAGUUUAGCAGGAAAAUACGAGGUGGAUUUAAUUGACUUGGUGUUGUGUUCUUCUUGGGGAAUUUCUUGUGCAUUGUGGAGGAAUUAUUUUUUUGAUCGUCGUGUGAUCCUAAAAAUUGGCUUUUUUUAAGAGUCCUUUUUCUGUGUUUGUUUUUCUUGCAAAUUUUUUUGUGGUUAAAGUUUGUCCAUUAAACCGGAUUAAUCAGUGCAACACUUUCUUUGCCAUCAAACGGCGAAUUCUUUCUUUUUGCGAUAAACCUCAAAUCGCAGACAUGAAGAUUCAGUGCUUCGCCCUCAGCCUCUUGCUCCUGUCCAUGGUGGUGCGUGGUGACAAUGAACUGGAUAUGGAGUCGCGAAAGAAUAGCCGCGUGGGAGAACCAACAAUGCUCAAUUCCAUCAUCACAGCACAGGACCUCAUCACCAAGUCCAAACAUCUCACCUCACCCACACGCCCCCCAACUGCCCUCACACAGUACGCACCGCAGAAUACGCAUUUCUACUACAGCCCCUACGCCACGGCAUCCCCCAUUGGAUCGGGAUACCUUCUACCCAUUCCAGCGCAGCACAACAGCGUCCUGGCCACAAACUCACCUUUGGGAAUGAACUACGGCUUCCAGUACGUACAAAUGAUCCCUAGGCCAAUGGUCCUGCCGAUCAAUCCCUAUGCCCAGUACUCCUCAUUUGUCCAGCAACAGCAACAGCAGCAGCAGCAGCAGCAUCAAACACAGCCACAGCCACAGGCCUACCUCAGCCACACGCAGAACCAGCAGACAGCUGCCUCCACUCAUCACCAUCAUCACCAGACACCUUCCCCGCAGCAGUACCUCAGUGCUGUGCCACCUACUCAGCAGACAGCAGCCUCCAUGACAAUCGCCAGCCCUGUGAAUCCUCACUACGUCCCAUACACACCACCACUGCAAACCCAGCAGCCCGUUGGAAGUUUCUCCAGCCCCAUUGUGUCCUACUUUGCAGCUCCACCAGCUGCACGCUACCACUAUGCCGUCCAUCCGCAGGAGAUGUCUCUCAACACCAACGAAUACAUGCCAGGACAGCUCGAGAGUGGCUUCCGCGCCAUCAAGCGAGUCUAACAGGGGGUGUAGUACCCUCCCCUACAAUGAUGAAAACCCCCAACGAAGGAGCACCUACCUUCGUAUCCCAAUAUUUAUUGCUUCAGCUGCGCCCAUAGAAGAGUGUGCUUGCAAAGAAAUUCGCAAAACCAAACACUACUUAAAAAAAAAGAAAA